UUGGAUUAUAGACACAACUUCCGUAUUUUGCAUCUCCUACUCUUCUUUGUGUAUUAGUUCAGCAGUAGAGAAGCAACAGCGGCCUCUAGAGUCAGAGAAAAACUAUGACUGCCACACAUAUCUUUUUCAGACGGGCGCACCAAACCAAAUUUAGUUGAUGGUUUACCAAAACUUUUGGCUCGAAAGCCUAAUACAGCUUGCUAGUGCUUGUUUAUGCGAACUGCAACAACUCUGGACAGUUAGCGUGUCUGUGGUAGGUUUACUUACGAGUUGUUUUUGUAGUGCCAAUAAUAGGAGCAAUUCAGGCUAACUGCGUUAGCCGCUGGAAAUUAGCUAGCUUGUGUCAAUUGGGCUUCCAAGUUAACCCUGCAAACUAACGAAUGACCCGUUUAAUGCGGCUCGACAAUAGAAUCGCAAAAUCUGUUUGCGGACCAGACAGUAGUGGGAAAGUUUCGUUCACGCCUAGAUAUCAUGGCGUCGGUGCAGUUUAAUUAACUUUUGGGCUGUCAACAAGCGUGCUGACGUUAGCUGUCCUGGCUUACCAGCCAGCUCUCCAGCUACAAUGGCCAAAACAGAAAACGGCCGUCAGCCAGUGGACACGCGGAGCAUACGGACCAUCAGCAGCAGUCACAUUGACGACGAAAGCUCCCUGGGGUCCGACUCUGAGAUCAACGGCUUCACCAGCGACAGGCAGACGGACAAAUAUGGGUUUAUUGGCGGGGCACAGCAGCACUCGGUGGAAUCAGCUCAGGAUGUGCCACCGGAGGUGCUCAGACAGAGGGAGGUGAAGUGGCUGGACAUGCUCAGCCACUGGGACAAAUGGAUGAACAAAAGAUUCAAUAAGGUGAGGCUGCGCUGCCAGAAAGGAAUCCCUCCGGCCCUGCGAGGCCGAGCGUGGCUCUACCUAUCAGGCGGGAAAGUGAAGAAGGAGCAGAACCACGGCAAGUUUCAGGAGCUGGAUAGUCAGCCUGGGGAACCCAAGUGGAUUGACGUGAUCGAGAAAGACCUUCAUCGACAGUUUCCGUUUCAUGAGAUGUUUGUGUCGCGGGGAGGACACGGGCAGCAGGACCUGUUCCGUGUUCUGAAGGCCUACACUCUUUACAAACCAGAGGAGGGAUACUGCCAGGCCCAGGCUCCCAUUGCUGCUGUGCUGCUCAUGCACAUGCCUGCCGAGGAUGCUUUCUGGGGGUUGGUCCAAAUCUGUGAGAAGUAUCUUCCUGGUUACUACAGUCCUGGCCUGGAAGCGAUUCAGUUGGACGGAGAGAUUCUGUUUGCUUUGCUGCGUCGCAUUUCCCCUCUCGCUUUCAGACAUUUGGAGAAAUACAAGAUAGACCCCAUCCUCUACAUGACGGAGUGGUUUAUGUGUGCCUUCUCCAGAACCCUGCCGUGGGCGUCAGUUCUGCGUGUGUGGGACAUGUUCCUCUGUGACGGAGUCAAAAUCAUUUUCCGUGUGGGUCUGGUGCUGCUCAAAUGCAUGCUGGGGACGCGUGAGAAGCUGAAGGCGUGUCAGGGCAUGUAUGAGACCAUGGAGCUCCUCAGGGCCAUAGAUCAGCGGUACAUGCAGGAGGCCUUCCUCGUGCGAGAGAUCCUGGAAAUCCCAGUGACGGCACGAGACGUGGAAAGAGAGCAUCACUCUCAGCUGAAGCGCUGGAAAAAGAACCGCGGAGAAAUCAAUUUUAAGUCGCCUCCACGGAUGCAUGGCGCUCGUAUCGUCAUGUUGGCGGAGCCCCCCAGGCGCCAGGACCUGCAGCAGAACCCCACUAUUAUCCUUGAGAUGCCCCAGCCUCCAGCAGGGCUGAAGAAAGGCAAGGAGGAGAGGAAGAGCAAGAAGAAAAGCAAGAAAGCUCAGCUCCCAGAGGAAAUACCUAAUCCCUACCCUCUUCCCACUGACCCUUCUCCUCCUCCCCCACCAAUGGAUCCACCUGCCCCACCUUCGGCAAACAAUGUGCUGCCGGAGGUAGUGCCACAAACUGAGACAGACUCCCCUCACCAGCAGAAAGAGCCUCCUGCAGAGCCUCCUGCUGCCAAAGAAGAAGCUCUUCAGCAAUCCACACAAAGCCUUAGCAGCACAGAGCAGGAUACUUACCUGUAGCUUUGUAGAGGUAUGUGUGUUUUUGUGUGUGUGCGCAUGUGUGUGUGUAAACAAAGCACCAGCACAUUACAGUCAGGAAGUAGCCAACUUCACCAAAGCCUCUUGACUGGCUAACAUCACUAUUCUUCUUCUUUUUUGAACUAUUUUGUAUAAGAUCAAAAUGCUGCCUUGGACACCUUCAGCUCACACUAAAGCAUCAGUGCUGUUCAAACACUGCAUGGAAUGGUUAUCCAGUUGUCAGCGUGAAACUUCUUGAGGCUUUUUCAGACCACAGGACUCAGUAUUCUGAUUACAAAGGAAACAAGACUCUGAGCCUUUGGACUAUUUUUAUGUUAAAAAAACAUCCAGCAACGUAUGCAGUUUUCUUCAUCCUGCCUCUCAAGUCAACACUAUAGAGUUAACCACCAAUGCUGAGCAGCUGGAGAUGAGCGACUAAACCGAAAUACUUUUCAUGUCCACUAGAGGGCAGUGUUGCACAAAUUACACCUUAAACAGCCACUAAAGUGUUCUCAGGCUGAAUUUUUCUGGUGAGAAAAUAUUAGAUUUCAAAAGAAAUUUUAGCCAGCUGCUUUAUUUUAUCCUUUCACUCACAAUGUCUUAAGUAUACACUUUUAGUAUUCUCUGCUUCAGCACAGCCUUAUUUUGUUUCUCACCGUGCCAUGCACUUCCUUUCACUUUACAGCUGCAGUUAUUCCCACUGCAUGGACAGCAGAGAACAACACUGGACAUUCCCCAAUGUAGGACACAUUCCUGCCGGUUUAACAACCGCGUUUUGCCAAAUGAAAAAUCGUUCAUGCGAAUGCUUCCUGUCUGACUGACCUUGGAUGACCAAUUAUUGCCAAUCGCUUAAUGGUGCUAGCCUUGUUGACAUUUCAUGAGAAUCAGUCAGACGUUACGGCUGUUCUUGCUAGAAUUUCCAAAGCAAAUCAAGACUGUUCUCUAAAAAAGCAAAACAGGUUUAUUCCAUGUGCACACAGGGACCAGAGGGUUUAAAGAAUUUCAGCUUUAUAUGGGGGAAUUGUUGCGUUUUCCUUUAUAAAUAACAGGAUUUGUGAGUUUUUUUGUUAUUUCCUUUCUUGAAAAUGAUGACCAAUCAUCACAAGGAUUAAGGGAAUUUGAAAAAUCCAUGUGGAAUAUGUUUAUCUUUGAAGAAGUGUGAUGCAAAAGUCUAAUAAAAACACAGAUGGGCUUUAAAAAAGCAUGUUGACAGUUGCACAUGAAUGCAGUUGUCUUGGAAGCUUCUGACAUUUCUUUUAUGUUACAUUUCAACUUAAUCUUUCUUGUAGAUAUGGCCUCUGAAAAUGUCAUACAAAUUUUUUUAUUGUAUAUUGCUAUAUUUUAUUUAACAGUUAAAGAAACUGCAGAGGAAAGUUUUAUGAACGACUUGUGGUCGACAACAGCUCAUUUCGGAUCAACAUUUGUUACACAGAAAAAGUUGCAAUGAAAUUUUGGUUAUAUUGGAUUUUUAUUCCUCUGUUUUUCUCUGCUUGAUUUUAUUUACCAUUUACACUAAGGUUAUACAGGAGAUGUUUGACAACCACAGGGCUUGAGUUUUAUUGUUACAAAUAAAGUUGUGGUUACAUGCAGA